GUUCACAACUACAGAAUGGCUCCAGCAGCAGUUGAAAUACUCUCUACACCCACUCAGAAACCAGAUACACCCACUGAAGUGCCAUCAAAACCUUCCAACAUGGCCAAACACGAAGAACACCAAUACCUCGACCUCAUCCGCAACAUCCUCGCCAACGGCGAGCAUCGCCCAGACCGGACAGGAACAGGCACAUACUCCAUCUUCGCGCCCCCCCAGAUGCGCUUCUCCCUCUCCAAACCCUCCUCAGAUCCGUCCCAGCCCGCAACCUCCAUCCUCCCCCUCCUCACCACCAAGCGCGUCUUCCUCCGCGCCGUCCUCGCCGAGCUCCUCUGGUUCGUCGCCGGCUCCACUUCCUCGAAACCCCUCUCCGAACAAGGCGUGAAGAUAUGGGACGGCAACGGCAGCCGCGAAUUCCUCGACAGCGUUGGCCUAUCGCACCGCGAGGAAGGCGACCUCGGACCCGUGUACGGCUUCCAAUGGCGGCACUUUGGCGCCGCGUACGUCGACGCGACCACCGACUACACGGGCCAGGGCGUCGACCAGCUCGCGGAGGUCAUCGACAAGCUCAAGCACAAGCCGUACGACCGGCGCAUCAUCCUCAGCGCGUGGAACCCCGCCGAUCUGGCGAAGAUGGCGCUGCCGCCGUGCCAUAUGUUCGCGCAGUUUUAUGUCUCGUACCCCCGGAGCCGGGCUGGGGGGGUGGAGGGGGAAAAGCCGCGGGGGAUGCUGAAUUGUUUGCUGUAUCAGCGCUCGUGCGAUAUGGGGCUCGGCGUGCCGUUUAAUAUUGCGUCGUAUGCGCUGCUGACGCAUAUGGUGGCGCAUGUGUGCGAUCUGACCCCGGGGACGUUCACGCAUACGAUGGGGGAUGCGCAUGUGUAUCUAGAUCACGUGGAUGCGUUGAGGGUGCAGCUGGAGCGGGAGCCGAGGGAGUUUCCGGAGUUGCAUAUUCAGAGGGAGAAGGGGGGAAGUAUUGAUGGGUGGAGAAUGGAGGACUUUGUUGUUAAGGGGUAUGAUCCGCAUAAGAUGAUUGCUAUGAAGAUGUCUGUAUGAUUAUGGCGGGAGGGUAUGUGGGCGUUGUUGUGUGCUUUUGGAUGUAUAAAGGUGGAGCGGAUACCCGCGAGGGCUACGAUAGGUAAUGGUUUCAACAUAUCAUGGUUUUGAGACUUUCUAUUGAAAGUGCCUCUGCGUGCCUAAGUGUAUGUUCUCAUGCGGAAUUGUAAAAGUGUAUUGAAUCACCCUUGAUAGUGACAGGAGAGUGUACACAGACCCAUGAUGAGAAACUUUUCUUGCUAGAGUAAUUUCAACCCCGGUAUUUUAUUGUCUUGUACAU